GAGAGUUUGAUCGGAUCUCUACUCAGGAAAGGGCUGGACAAACACGUGGUCAUUCUCACAUUUUUAUCUCUCACUGGGUUAAGUGUAUCGCAUUGCAUAUUUCCUGAGGGAGAAGGACAUCUUGUUUCUGAAGCUCAGGACUGGAGUUUAACAUUGUUUUAAAAUGCAGAAAGGGACGUUUCCUCUCACCACAUCUUCGCGGGUUACUUAUAUGCGACUUGUGGUGCUCGGAUUUUUUUUUCUUGCGCUUCUCACUACUCACAGGUGCAGAAGCUGAAUGUCCUCUUCAGCUCGACUCACGGAGAGUUGUUGUGAGAUACGGCGGUUCUGUUGAAGUUAACUGUAACACUUCAGUCGCCCAUAAAGGGAUGGGAUGGGAAGUCAGUGAGGGAGGAGUGCCUAUGACCAAAAACCAGAGUCUGAUCACAUGGACAGUGAUAAACCUGACAGAAUGGGGCAUAAAGCCAUUCUGCUACAUAAAUCCAAACAAAGGUGCACAGUGUCAAAUAGAGCUCCCAGUCACUGUUUACAAGACUCCAGACAGUGUGUCCAUCAGCACUGUGAAUCACACAGAACCAAUGAAAGAGGGACAGCAGUAUGAGCUCCAGUGUGACGUUCAUGAUGUGGCUCCUGUUCAGAAUCUCACUGUCAAAUGGUACAAAAAUCAGACUCUGCUGCAUCAAACCAACUUCAGUGACACUGAAAACAAGACUUUAGUGAAUAAAACUGUCACACUCCUGAUCCGUCCAGACAGAGCUGAUGAUGGAGCUCAGUACUGGUGUGAAGCAGAGCUGGAUCUGGGAGCAGAAGGACCUCAACCUCCUCCUAAAAAAUCAUCAGAACCUCUCAACAUUACUGUACAUUAUAUCUCCAUCAGCUUUGUGAAUCACAGUGGAACAGUGAUAGUGGGCAAGCAGUAUGAGCUCCAGUGCAUCAUUCAGAAUGUGGAUCCAUCUAAGAGUGUUGUUGUGAGAUGGUACAAACUGAGUCAAACCAACUCCACUGAUGCCAACAUGACUUUAGUCAGUAACUCAUCUAAACUCCAGAUCAGUCCAAGCAAAACUGAUGAUGGGGCUCAAUACUGGUGUGAAGUAGAAAGAACUCCACCAGUGUCAUCAGAACGUCUCAACAUUACUGUACAUUAUAUCUCCAUCAGAUUUGUGAAUCACAGUGGAGCAGUGAUAGUGGGCAAGCAGUAUGAGCUCCAGUGCAUCAUUCAGAAUGUGGAUCCAUCUAAGAGUGUUGUUGUGAGGUGGUACAAACUGAGUCAAACCAACUCCACUGAUGCCAACACGACUUCAGUCAGUAACUCAUCUAAACUCCAGAUCAGUCCAAGCAAAACUGAUGAUGGAGCUCAAUACUGGUGUGAAGCAGGAACUCCACCAGUGUUAUCAGAACGUCUCAACAUUACUGUACAUUAUAAACCGAUCAUCAAUAAGAACAAACUGCCCUCCACAGUGCCUGUAUUUCGAGGUUAUCCAGAGGUGCUUGUUUGCGAAGCCGAUGGAAACCCAAAACCAACAAUCAGCUGGAGCCUCGGCGCAAAUGACAAGAAGGACAGUGAAAAACUUAAUAUAACAGAGUCAACACCUGAGAACGUGUCCUGCACUGCAAACAAUUCUGUUGGCAGUGACAUCAGACAUGUAAAGGUGAUAUUAAAAGAGGAUUACCUGCCCUUGAUAGCAGGACUUAUUGCAGUCAUUGUGGCCUUCAUCUCAGUCAUCUUCAUCUUCAUCCUCUCGAUCUACUACAAAACAGCAAAGAUGGGCCAUUAUAACCUGAAGAAUGCCAAGCCUAGUGCACAAAAUGGAAACAUAGCACAGAAUGGAAAACACAACACUAUUCCUAUGAAAAAACUCUCUCAGAGCAGUAUCCUUGCUUAAGUUAUGAUAUCCCUGGGUUUUGUGCAUCUACCGAGACCCAGUGUCCACAAAAUGAUUUUUCAAACUGGUAGUCUCUAGCCAUCUACUUUGUGGCUUUUUUGUCUCUUCAUGGCUUCAUUAUUUUUAUUUUAUGGAGCACCUAUUCAUUCACUCCUCUCCUAGAUCCAGUUUCUAUCAACUGUUAAUUAUAUCACAAAAUAACAUUUUUAGUUUUCAGCAAUCUAAUGGAUUAGAAGAAAAUAUGUGACUAAACGGAUGACAAAGAAAUGCUGAAUGAUUUUAAAUGAAUGGACCUGAUGUCUACAGUGGAUGUUUUCAGGAAUCUACCAUCUUGAUAUAAGUGAACGUUCAUUAGCUACAAAGUGACAUUGCUUGAUUGAGUAAUACUAGCUUUGUACGCCAUUGAAGGGAAGGCUCUUGUUAAAUUUUGUAACAAGACUGUUGUUCUGUCUCUGGCACAUUGGCCAGUUUGAAUAUUUGUGUUUUGUCAAAGCUAUACAGUAUGUAGAAAUGAGAAAUUAUGUUGUAUUAACAUAGUUCAGGAGGAGCACGUUCAAAUAAUCAACCAGCUACAGUCAUGGCCAAAUAUAUCGGCACCCUUGGUAAAUUGUUAAUCCUUUUGAACUUUUAUAAAAAAAAAAAAAUCACAAAAAUCGUUGGAUUGGAUAAUGAGAAUUUAAAAUGGAGGGACGUAUCAUCACGAAAUACAUGUUUUUCUCUAAUACUCAUUGUCCCCAAUUAAAAGCACCCUUUUAUUCAAUACUUUUUUAAACCUCCAUUUGCCAGUCUAACGGCUCUAAAUUUUCUCCUAUAUUGCCUGAUGAGGUUAGAGAACACCUCACAAGAGAUCAGAGACCAUUCCUUCAUCAGAAUCUCUCCAAACCCUUCAGAUUCCCAGCUCCAUGUUGGUGCUUCUAAUCUUCAGUACUCCACACUCCUUGUCUAUAGGGUUUAGUUCAGAGGACUAGAAAUGGCUAUAGCAGAAGUCUGGCUUUGUGCUCAGUGACCUAUUUUUGUGUUGUUUUUAAGGUUUGUGUUCGGGUUAUUGUACAGAUGGGAGAUCUAAACAUGGCCCAUUAAAAUAUUUCUAACAGAGUCAGUCACUUACUGAUUUUUUAUCUGUUGGUAUUUGAUAGAAUCCAUGAUGCCAUAUAUCGAAACAAGAUGUCCAGAACCUCCAGCAGAAAUAUAGGCCCACGACAUAAAAAAUGCAGCUGUAUAAAGUAUUUCAUUGUACACAUGGGGUACUUUUUAUCCCUGGUUGCACCAAACCCAUUUUGAGUGUUUGCUGCCAAAAAGCUCUUUUUUAGUUUCAGCUGACCAUAGAAGCCAGUCACAUUUAAAGUUCCAGUCAUCAUGUCUGAUAUCUGUAUAUCCUGGGAGUUUUUUUUUUUUUUUUUGGAUGGGCAAGGACAUUUUUCUUUAAACCUUUCGAAACAACAUGUGGCCAUUUUUUAAGGUUUUCUGACCCCAAGACUCAACUAUUUUCUGAAAUUCUCCAGCUGUGAUCCUUGCAGAGUCUUUAGCCACUCAGACUCUCCUCCUCAGAGUGCAUUAGAAUGAUGUAGGACACACGUCCUCUUCCAGGCAGAUUCGUAACAUUGGAAAUUCUUAAUUAUUGCCCUGAUGGUGGAAAUUGGAAUUUUCAAUGCUCAAGCUUUUUUCUUUAAGCCACCUUACUAAUUUGUGAAUCUCAAUUAUCUUUUGCUGUACAUCAGAAAUAAAUUAUUUUUUGUUUCUCAUUGUUAUGAAUGAUUAGGGGAAUUUAGGCUUCGUUUUCCCUCCUAUUUAUAUUUAUGUGAAACAGGAAACCAUUGCUGGAUAAUUUCAUGUUCAUAAUCACCCUGGAUUGCUCAAAAUUGUGAACAUGAAUGGGAAUAUACUUCAGAGAUAUUUUACUCAUAAGAAUUUCUAGGGGUGCCAAUAAUUGUGUCCAACAUGUAUUUGAGAAAAACAUUUAUUUCAUAAUGAUAUUUUCCCCCAUUUUAAAUUAUUAUUAUCCAAUGAAAGUUUAGAUUUUUGUGAUUUUUUUUAAAUAAAAGAUCAAAAGGAUUAACAACACAGAUUAAUUUUCACAGCCGCCUUUGAUUAUAUUUACCGAAGGUGCCGAUAUUUUUGGCCAUGACUGUAAGCUUCAUAGUAAAUAUAUAUACAGCCAACUUGUGUUUCAUGACAGAUUUCAGGCCUCUGUCCUCCGCCCCAACACCUCUCUCCCAUCUAUUCCUAAUCCCAGUUUGGGAUAUGGGGAAGUUCUCUGGGAGCUCGGCUCCCUCCCUUCAGACAGCAUGUCAAAUAGACACACUAUUUGCUCAGUCUGAUUAUAUGUAAGCGUGACUUGAAAGAAACCAUGAUUGAGUGUGUUACUAUUCCUUUGGUAAAAUCCACACUUCAUAGGGUGAAAAUUUAGCACACGGUGACUGUGAAGAAGUGAAGGCUUGUGUAUGAGGUUUCUAAUGCUGAACCUGUGUGGAAAUAUUUGGAUGAAUUUCUGAAAAUUCUCUCAGGCCUCAUAGUUAUUAUGCUCAACCUAUGCUCAAAAUUAAAUAGGAGAGCCAGUUUUAUGGUUCAAGCUGUAUAAUGAUGUUAAAAGCAUAGUUUAACCAAAAAUGAAAGUUCUGUCAUCAUUUACUUGCCCUCAUGUUCUUCUAAAGGCUUUUUAUAAAUCAUCAUAAAUGUUAAAAAAAACACUUAAAGUCACAUAAAUUUGGAACGACAUGAGGAUGAAAAAAUUAUGACUAAAUUUCAAUCUUUUUAAUUUAGGCACUGGAUCUAUGUGUUUAAUUUCAAAUUCUUUAUUCAGCGUUUAAUUUUGAAUGUGAUCUCACCCAUAUUCUGGUGGGUUUUAAAUUUUGUAUGGAAUUUAUAUCAUCUGUCCUUUUAAGCACAUGACAUUUGAAUUUGAUAAUUUGAAUUUGUAAAUGAAUUUGUUGUUUAAAAGAAAUGUAUAGUAAAAUAAAUAUUCUUUUCAAAGAAUCGUUUCAGCCUAAAUUUUAUAGUAUUGAACGGAAGUCGGUUAAAUACAGUUCUGUUGUGUAUUAACUAUAUGGCAUAAUUAAUAAACAACAACUACAUUAUUUUAA